GAACUGUUCUUAUCAGAAGCAGUAGUGGCCAACUAAUGCUAGUAUCUCAACCAGCAAUAGCACGAGCUCAGAACCAGCCACCAAACAACCCAAAUGUGAGAGCAGCUGCCCCAAGCAGCACACCUACCAUCAGAGUAUGUGCUGUCCAGAAACCUGGCCCCCAGUUACUAAAGAAAGUAACAGCUACUCCUGUGAAACUAUUCCAAACAACAAAUGCUGUGGCUGCUGCUGUUCAGCCUCCUGCUGUAAUACAGGAGAUGCUGGAGAAUGUGAAGAAAUGCAAGAAUUUUCUUGCUACACUAAUAAAACUGGCAUCUGGUGGACCUCAAGCCACUGAGAUGGGGCAGAACGUGAAGAACCUGGUACAAAAUCUCUUGGAAGCAAAAAUUGAACCAGAAGAGUUUACAAAAAAGCUAUAUGUAGAGCUGAAGUCAUCUCCACAACCAUAUUUAGUUCCUUUUCUCAAGAAAAGCAUGCUUGCCUUACGGCAGCUGAUGCCCAAUGCUCAGAGCUUUAUCCAGCAGUGUUUGCAGCAGCCAGCUCCAGCCCCAGAACCUGGUUCAAGUUGCACCUUGGCACCAUCAGCUCCUUCGCCAGUGCUGGUCUCUACAGCAGCAUCUUCAGCCACGACCCCUCUCAAGCCUCUGAAACCAGUCGUUAGGACCCCAAUCAGUAUUAAAAUCUCCCAGCCCAACUCCAUCAGCUCCGUGGCUGCGCAGUCAGCGGCCGCUCAGCGGGUUGUGAAAGUGAAGCAGUUGGUAGUCCAGCAGCCAUCAGGAAACAUUGGAAAGCAAGUACAGCCCUCAACCCUGACCCUACAGACUGCUGAGGAGAGGCUGCCACUGAAUGCACUGCUUCAAACUAACCACUUGCCUGCAGGUUCCAUUCUGAAACAAAUCACCCUGCCAGGUAAUAAAAUUCUGUCAUUUCAAGCAUCUGCUGUUCAGGAAGCUAAAAUAAAAGAGAAUGGAGCAACGUCCUUCAGGUAAAAAUAAACUAUAUCAGAAGUUUCUCAUAGGAAGGAACAAACAGCAAGUGUAGAGGUGUGA